AUGUCUCAUCCGCGUACUUUGGUGGAAAAAAUUCUUGCUCAUCAUGCCAUGGGCGAUACUGAAAUUGCUCCUGGAAAGAUGAUUUGUGUCAAGGUGGACUGGACUAUGGCAUCCGAAGCAAGCUGGUUUGGAAUGUACAAGCUUUAUGAUCAGCUUGGAAAGCCUGGAAUUUACCGUAACGAUCGUGUUUGGCUUGCGGCCGAUCAUAUCGUGGACCCUAGGAUCAACCACUUACCUAAACCGAAGGCGCUCAUUGACGCAGCAGAAUCGGGUGCAAAGGAGCUAGAUAUCAAGGACUAUCAACCUCCAAAUACCACAAUUAUGCACACAGAAUUUUACAGGCAGCGUGCUCAACCUGGAAUGCUGAUUAUCGGUGCAGAUUCUCACACCUGUUCUAGUGGUGCUUUAGGUGCCUUGGCAGUUGGCCUAGGUGCGGCCGAUGUCGUCUUCCCAUUGGUGACAGGAGAAACCUUCUUUCAAGUUCCUGAAGUGGUCAAGAUUGAGCUCGUUGGCAAACCAAACUUUGGAAUUGGCGGAAAAGAUAUCAUCUUGCAUAUUCUUGGAGAAUUCAAGCGCAAUACCAUCGCUGCAGGAAGAGCAGUGGAGUACGUUGGCGAUGGUAUACAUUACCUCUCUUGUGACGCCAGAUUUGCCAUCGCCAAUAUGUCCACAGAAUUUGGUGCAAUUGCAGGUGUAUUUGUUCCAGAUCAACAAACCGCUGCCUUUAUAGAUCAACGAUCUAGUCAUAAGGACGAAGCAAUCUACUUUCAACCGGAUGCUGGUGCUAAAUACGUUGAAACCCGUACUAUCAAUUUACAGGACGUUGGCGCCUACAUAGCUUUAUAUCCAUCACCUGAUAAUGUGGUUUCUGUAUCUGAAAAGCAGGGUAUGGAGCUAGAUGGCUGCUUCAUUGGAGCAUGCACAACAGCAGAAGAAGAUCUCAUCAUGGGUGGCCUGGUCUUGCAGCAAGGCUUGAAAAAAGGUCUAGAGGUAGUCAGCAAGGGAAAACGAAAAGUGACACCUGGAUCCGUUCAAAUCAUUGCGAAACUUCGAUCCUUAGGACUCCUUCAAUGCUAUAUUGAUGCCGGUUUUGAAGUCGGCGCUCCAGGAUGCAGUUACUGUGUCGGAAUGGGAGCAGAUCAAGCUGGUGAAGGUGAAGUCUGGCUGUCUUCUCAAAACCGAAACUUCAAGAAUCGAAUGGGAAAAGGAUCCAUAGGAAACAUUACUUCUGCAGCUACAGUUGCAGCUUCAAGUUUCAGCAUGACACUCCAGGACCCACAAGAGCUACUGAAUGACAUUGACGAAUCCUAUUUUAAUAGCAUUCGCAUGUAUUGGACAGAAAAUAAGAAAUCUAUUAUCUACCGGGAGCCUAAGCAAGAUUUCUCCCAAAAGUCCAUCACCAUGGCCUAUGAGGAAGAAGUCUCGUUAUUGCCAAUUUCAAUCACAUCCAAAGCUCAACUUUUUGGCGACAACAUUGAUACUGAUGCCAUUAUUCCUAUUGACAAGUGUACAGCUGACAACGAGACGAUGCUCGGACAAGGUUCAUUUGCAUACACAAGGCCAGAGUUCGUACCUCGAGUCGCAGAAGGCUACGGUAUCAUUGUGGCAGGAACCGGUUUCGGCAGUGGUUCAUCCAGAGAAGAAGCGCCUCGUGCACUAAAGGCGUGCGGUGUCAAAGCUGUUAUAGCCAAGUCUUUUGCAUACAUUUACAGUCGUAAUCAAGCGAACUUUGCUCUAUUUGGGGUCAUUGUCACGGACGACAACUUUUACAAUUCUGUAUCGGAAGGCUCUGAAAUAGAAAUUAAAGUUGCCGAAAGGAAAGUGCUCAUGGAUGGCAAGUCAUACCUCUUCAAACUAGAUGUCGUUGAGGAACGACUUCAUGCUUCCGGCGGCAUUGCCCCUAGGUGGAAACGCCAUGGCAAGAACUUGUUCAGGAAGUUGCAGCAAGAAAGUAACUCCGUGAGCUGCGGAUCCAAUGCUACCGAUUCGACAUGUUCUACUGACGAUAUCACAGCCUGGUAG